AUGCCCCAGGCUGCUCAAGUCCCUGGCGAGCUGAGUCUUGCCACAGAGGCUCACGUGAAAUACAUCCAAAACUUGGACACCAAAAAGGACGAACUGGACUACUGGCUGACGGAGCACUUGCGCCUCAAUGGCGUUUACUGGGGCUUGACUGCCCUUCACCUCCUCGGACGUCCUGAUGGUCUUCCUCGCGGAGAAACCAUUGACUUCGUGCUGUCCUGCCAGCACGCUAUAAGUGCUGUGCAGCUUCUCGCCAUGGUCGAUGCCUUGGACGAGCUCGAAACUCGGGGGACGAGCAAAUCCAAGGUGGGUAAAUACAUUGCGGAUUUGCAAGAUCCUAAGACGGGCAGUUUCUUUGGCGAUGAAUGGGGCGAAGAAGACACCCGCUUCUUAUACGGCGCGUUAAACGCACUCUCCCUUCUUGGACUACUGUCUAUGGUCGAUGUGGACAAGGCGGUCACCCAUGUCGCUUCCUGCGCCAACUUUGACGGCGGCUACGGAGUGAGGCCCGGUGCCGAGUCGCAUUCUGGCCAGGUCUUCACAUGUCUUGCUGCGCUGAGCAUUGCCGGCCGGCUGGACACCGUCGAACAUGAGAAACUCGGCAGGUGGUUGAGCGAGCGGCAAACCCCCGGAGGCGGUCUCAACGGCCGUCCAGAGAAAAAAGAAGACGUCUGCUACAGUUGGUGGGUCUUGAGCAGUCUGGCCAUGAUCCAUCGUACACACUGGAUCGAUCGCGAUGCCCUCAUUAGCUUCAUCCUCAAGAGUCAGGAUCCCGAAAAUGGCGGCAUCUCGGAUCGACCGGGCGACAUGGUCGAUGUCUGGCACACUUGUUUUGGUCUGGCAGGACUGAGCCUCCUUGGCUAUCCGGGCAUGGAGGCAGUGGACCCUGUCUAUUGUAUGCCCAAGACGACCAUCGAUCGGCUGAUUAGCCGAUAG